AUGGUUUACAAAGAUUUUAAUGAUGUAAUUGAAAAUAAAAAAUCACACAAUGGAAAUAAUUAUUAUGAAGAAAAAAAUACAAAUAAUAAGAUGACAUAUUAUAUGGAAAAUAAUAAUGAAAAUAAUAUAAUAAAAAAUAACGAAAUUUUUAGUAACUAUAAUUAUGAAGAUAAAAAAAAAUUAAAAGAUAACCCAUUAAAUCAUUAUUAUAGUGAUCAUAUUUUAUCUUUUUUAAACAAUAAUAAUGAUACUCAAGAAAAACAUUUGAAAUCCCUAAAAGGUUAUAAAAAUUCUCAAAAAAAACUAUCUCAAAAAGAUAUAGACGAAUUGAGAUAUAAAUACAAAAGCGAUGAUUAUUAUGGAAUUCUUUAUAAUAAUAUUUAUGAAAAACAUCAUACUUGUGACAAUAUAAAGAAUAAAUAUAAUUCAUUAAAUUAUAACAAAAUUUUAGUUAAAGAUAAUGAUAAUAGGAGUUUAUAUUCAUAUGAUGAUAUUUUUGAUAAGAAUAAAAGAGGUAGUAAUAGUAAUUUACUUUUUUUAAGUAAUAGAGAUUAUAAUAAUUUGAAUAAAAACACUUUUAAAAUAUUUAAUUAUGAAGGAAAAAAAAAUAGUAAUAAAGUAAAUGAAAAUUUAGAAUAUUGUAAGAAUAUUAUUAACAAAAAUGACAAUUAUAAUGAUGAACAUUUUUCUCCAUAUAAUGAUGAUGAUGAUGAGAAAUACAAAAUGCAUUGUUAUAAAUCAAUGAAUAAUGAAUACGAUAAUUUAAAAGGCAAUUUUAAUUAUAGAAAAUUUAUAACUGAAAAUUUUAAUUCAACAAAUUUUAAAAAAUCUUUAGGAAGUAGCAGUAUAUUAGAAGAAGAUGAAGAAAAAAAAAAAUAUACGGAAGAUAAGAAGAUUUUGUAUGACACAUUUUUUAAUAUAACGGAAAAACUAGAGAAAAUUAAAAAUACAAAAAUUAAUAAACAUAAGAGGAAUCAAGAUUUAGGAGAAGAAAAAAAGGAAUUUUAUAGUAAUUCAUUGGAUAACAUAACAAAAAAAAUCAUACUUAAUGAAAAAUCUUUAGAUAAUAAUUUUUAUACUAAAAAAAAAUAUAACACAUGUAUAUAUGAUAAUGAAAUGGAGAAAGAGUGUGAUGAUCUGAAUGAUUUAAAAAGUUAUAUAAAAAAAUUUUCUCCGAAAAAAGAUACAAUUCUAGUAAAUGAUGAAGAUAAGGAAAGAUUAAAUAAAGGAAUUAUAAGGAAUGAAGAUAUUUUAAAAUACAAUUCAGUAAAUCAUUUUUGUUAUUCAGAAGAUAAAAAUGUUCAAAAGAAAGAUAUCAAGGAGAAAUUUAUGGAUAAUCAAUUAAACAAUACUAAAAAAAAAAACAUGAAUUUAGAUAAUUUGAGUUUAAAUUCAAAUAAUUUAAAAAGUACGCAAUUGCAUAUGAGUGCUUUAUCGCAUGGAUCAAAUGAUUAUUCCACUUUAUAUGACUAUGUAAAUUAUACAAAAAACCAAACAAAAGAUUAUUAUUGUGAUGAAAAAGUAUAUAAUUUAUCAAAAUCGACAUAUUUACCCAUAAAUAAUAGUAACAAAGAUAUAAAGAAAAGCCUUUUUCAUAAUAAUAAUAACUCAGAAAAUUAUAAAAAUAAUAUGAAAGAGAAUUACUUUUUUCAAAUGAGUAAAUUAGGAGAUUCAUUUACACAGAGUAAUAAUGAAUUAAAGCCUAAUUUAUAUACACCGAAAAAUUUUAAUAUAAAUAUGAAAAAUAAUUGUAUUUCUUUUCAUGAUCAAUUAAUAGAUAAAAAUAAUAAUGAUAGAGAUGGCUAUUUAUAUGAAAUAAAUAAUAAGAAGAGUAUUAAAAGUACCAAUGAUUUUAAUCCUUGUCUAAAUCUUAGUAAUAAUUAUAAAGAGAAAACUUCUAUAAAAAAGUUCCAAGAUUUUGACGAUUGUGAAAAUAGAAAUUUAAGCGAAAAUGAAAACGAAAAUGUUAUUGAAAGUAUAGGUAAAAAAUACAUUUUCAAAGAUGAUGAAAAACUAAAUGAUAUUUUUGAUCUAAGAAAAAAAAAAAAAAUAAAUAAAGAUAUUAGUGCUAAUGAAGAAAAAGAAGAAAAAUAUAAUUUAAAAAGAAUUUAUGAAAACGAAAUGAGUACAAAUAAUAAUAAUUGUAAUUCUUCAUAUUAUAACACUAAUAAUAGUAGUGUGAAUUUUUGUAAUUAUUUAAGAAAUAGAUCUUACACAAGACCUAUGAAUAUAGAUGAUUUAAAUAUAGAUGAAGAUGAUAAUAACAUAAAAAUGAAAUAUAACUAUGGUAAAAAUAAUUCAUUAAAUUGUAAUACAAUUUUUAUUUUUUUCCUAAUUCAUUUUCUAAAGUUGCUAUAUUUCCUAUUUAGAUAUCUCGUACAUUUUAUUCUAUUUUUUUCAUUUUAUAUUUACCAUUUUUUAAGAAAAAAGUCUUUAAAAACAAUCGUUAUUUCAUUCUUAAUAGCAGUUGUACUUAUUCUAUUUGUUAUAUCAGCUAUCAUAUUUUCUUAUAGAAGUAUGAAUAUAGAAUAUUUUGAUAAAGACAUUUAA